CCAACUCCGAGAGUAAUGAAUGGCAUGAGCAUUGCUUUACUAUUUUUGACAAGCCAUAUCAAAGCGCUACCUUGGAACAUACGCUACCUUCUAUCGGUUUGAACUUUUAUUCACAUUUAUUCACUAGGCAUAAACCAGACAAGGAGAAGAAGAAGACCGAGUUGGACUAAUUAGCCUACUACUAACUCGAAUCAAUAACUUAACCGCAAACUGACACAAGCUUCUACAUUUUCAUAUUUGUCAAGCCGAAAGGGAUUUUGUUUCUGGACAUGUGAAUCAAAGGAGUUACUGCGAACCCCUGAAAAUGAAGCUACUUGCAUCGGUUCUGUGUUGCUUGGGCUUUCUGCUCACUUCUGCGCUGUUUCGGAGGAUCUCUUCACAAGCAGUAUGCGCUGGCACAGAGAACAAGCUGAGUACUCUGUCAGACCUGGAGCAGCAGUACCGCACCCUAAGGAAGUAUUAUGAGAACUGUGAGGUGGUGAUGGGUAACCUGGAGAUCACCAGCAUCGAUCGCUCCAGAGACCUCUCCUUCCUCAGGUCUAUCCGUGAGGUGACAGGCUAUGUGCUCGUGGCUCUGAACCAGUUUGACUACCUGCCACUGGAGAACCUGAGGAUCAUCAGAGGAACUAAGAUGUAUGAAGAUCGCUACGCUCUGGCGAUCUUCCUCAACUACCGCAGAGAUGGGAACUUUGGCCUGCGACAGCUGGGACUGAAGAACCUCACAGAGAUCUUACAGGGCGGUGUCUAUGUCGACCAGAAUAAGUUCCUGUGCCACGCAGACACCAUCCACUGGCAAGACAUCGUCAAGAACGCUCGCGUCAGCCCUCUGGUUGUGCCCACCAAUAGCAGUGUUACAUGUCAGAAGUGUCACGUCUCCUGUAAUGGUCGCUGCUGGGGCCCAAAGGAGGACCAGUGUCAGACCUUGACUAAAACAGUGUGUGCUGAGCAGUGUGACGGUCGCUGUUUCGGACCCUGGGUCAGUAACUGCUGCCAUCGUGAGUGUGCAGGAGGAUGCUCCGGACCCAAGGAUACGGACUGCUUCGCUUGCACCAACUUCAACGACAGCGGAGCAUGUGUGACCCAGUGCCCCCAGCCCCAUGUAUACAACCCCACCACCUUCCAGCUGGAAAGCAACCCCAGAGCCAAGUACACCUACGGAGCCUUCUGCGUCAAGAAGUGCCCACAUAACUUUGUGGUGGACCACAGCUCCUGUGUGAGGGCUUGUCCCAGCAACAAGAUGGAAGUAGAAAAUGACCGCAUCAAGAUGUGCAUCGCCUGCACUGACAUCUGUCCAAAAGCCUGUGAUGGUAUAGGUACAGCCAGUCUGCAGUCAGCCCAGACUGUGGACUCCAGCAACAUAGACAAGUUUACCAACUGUACCAAGAUCAAUGGAAACCUGGUCUUCCUCAUCACUGGCAUUAAAGGGGAUGUGUACCACAACAUUGAGGCUCUGGACCCAGAGAAACUGAAUGUGUUUCGGACUGUUAGGGAGAUUACAGGUUUCCUGAACAUCCAGUCGUGGCCAGAGAACAUGACAGACCUGAGUGUCUUCUCCAAUCUGGCAACCAUAGGAGGGAGAGCACUGUACAGUGGUAUCUCUCUCCUAGUGUUGAAGCAGCGGUGGAUUUCGUCCCUCCAGCUCCAGUCCCUGAAUGAGAUCAGUGCUGGUAACGUGUACAUCACCAAUAACAGUCAGCUGUGCUACUACAACACCGUCAACUGGACCAGCCUGUUCAGAGCCAACAACCAGAAGGUCCUCAUACGCAACAACAGAAACCCCAAAGAGUGUACUACUGAGCGGAUGGUGUGUGAACCUCUGUGUUCAGACGCUGGCUGCUGGGGGCCGGGACCAGACCAGUGCCUGUCCUGUCGCUACUUCAGCCGGGGACGCAUCUGUGUGGACACCUGCAACCUCUAUGAAGGGGAGGUGCGUGAGUAUGCCAACGGCUCGGUGUGUGUGGAGUGUGAUGCCCAGUGUGAGAGAGCAGAUGAUUACUCCCUGACCUGUCAUGGCCCGGGUCCUGAUCACUGUGUGAAGUGUCUCCACUUUAAAGACGGUCCUAACUGUGUGGAUAAGUGUCCUGAUGGCCUUCAGGGGGCCAACAGCUUCAUCUUUAAAUAUGCCAAGGCCAACAACGAGUGCCAUCCCUGUCACUCCAACUGCACGCAGGGGUGUAUUGGACCCAGACUGCAGGACUGUAUUGGCAUGAUGGACAGGACUCCCCUGAUUGCUGCCGGGGUGAUAGGGGGCCUCUUCGUCGUGGUCAUUGUGGCUCUGAGUGUAGCCGUGUCUGUCCGCAGGAAGAGCAUCAAGAAGAAGAGAGCCCUGCGACGCUUCCUCGAGACAGAGCUGGUGGAGCCCCUGACACCUAGUGGUACAGCCCCUAACCAGGCCCAGCUCCGCAUCCUCAAAGAGACUGAACUCAAGAGGGUCAAGAUACUGGGCUCGGGGGCCUUCGGCACCGUCUAUAAGGGUAUCUGGGUGCCGGAGGGUGAGACAGUGAAGAUCCCGGUGGCCAUCAAGAUCCUGAACGAGGCAACGGGACCCAAGGCUAACGUGGAGUUCAUGGACGAGGCUCUGAUCAUGGCUAGCAUGGAACACCCCCACCUGGUCCGUCUCCUGGGGGUCUGCCUGAGCCCCACCAUCCAGCUGGUCACCCAGCUCAUGCCCCACGGCUGCCUGCUCGACUACGUCCACGAACACAAGGACAACAUCGGCUCCCAGCUGUUGCUCAACUGGUGUGUUCAGAUCGCCAAGGGUAUGAUGUAUCUGGAAGAGCGGAGACUGGUGCACAGGGACUUGGCUGCCCGUAACGUGCUGGUCAAGUCCCCCAACCACAUCAAGAUCACUGACUUUGGUCUGGCUCGGUUGCUGGACGUCAACGAGAAGGAGUACAACGCUGACGGGGGCAAGAUGCCAAUCAAGUGGAUGGCCUUGGAGUGUAUCCACUACAGGAAGUUUACACACCAGAGUGACGUCUGGAGCUACGGGGUGACAAUUUGGGAAUUGAUGACAUUCGGGGGGAAGCCCUAUGAUGGCAUCCCGACCCGGGACAUCCCAGACCUGCUGGAGAAAGGAGAGCGUCUUCCCCAACCUCCCAUCUGCACCAUAGAUGUAUACAUGGUCAUGGUCAAAUGUUGGAUGAUAGAUGCAGAUAGCAGGCCCAAGUUCAAGGAGCUAGCUGCAGAGUUCUGUAGGAUGGCCCGGGACCCCCAGCGUUACCUGGUCAUCCAGGGUGAUGACCGUAUGAAGCUGCCCAGCCCCAACGACAGUAAGUUCUUCCAGAGCCUGCUGGAUGAGGAAGAGCUGGAGGAUCUGAUGGAUGCUGAGGAGUACCUGGUUCCUCACGCCUUUAAUAUCCCACCGCUGGCGUACACACCCAGGACACGUGUUGACUCCAACAGGAACCAGUUUUUGUACCAAGACCCUAGUUUCGGCAUGGAAGACAUGUUGGGUACCAUGGGGACCAUCCCACGGGUGCUGUCCCUGUCUGUAGUCCCAGGGUGCAGGCCCCCAGGGGACCAGUCUGCAGGGGGGCAAGGCGGCAGUGGCCAAGAGGACAAACGCUUCGAGGACCAGCGCUGUAACGGCACCCUGAGGAAGCAGGCCUCACCCCGGCCCGCGGGACCUCCAGGACAAGGUGGAGCCCCAGCCUCAGGUCCAGGGGAGGACAGCAGUGGACAGCGCUACAGUGCAGACCCCACCAUCAUGCUGGGGGAGAGAGGAGCUAGAGGAGACACAGACCAGGAUGGAUACCUGACCGCCAUGAGGGAGAAGGCCUCCUCAGACUAUCUCAACCCCGUGGAGGAGAACCCGUUUGUGACGCGCCGGAGGAACGGAGACACUCUGACCCUGGACAGCUGUAACCCCUACCAGGUGGCCCCCAUAGGUCCCCAGCAGGCCAGCUCUGGCCCCAGAGUGGAUGACGAAUACGUCAACGAGCCCCUCUACCUCAACACCUUCCACAACCCCGGAGGACCAGGGCCAGGAGAGGGAGACUACACCGAUUAUACCCUGAAAAAGAACGGAGUCCCUGGGGGACACAACCCUAUCCUCGCCACCCUUACCAGCCAACCAGGCGCCACUGGUGUCACUGCUGGCCAAUCAGGCACCACCCAGGCAGGGAACCCCUCCCACAGCGUCCAGGCAGCCAACGCCCACGCUGUCUCCGCACAACCAGGAUACGCUGCACCUCCCGGGCUCGGCGCAGCCGGCCCCCACCCAGGGCACAUCCUGCACCCAGGUCACCAUUCCCACCCUGGGUACACCCUCCACCCCGGUCUCACAGGCACCAUCAUGGUGGACAAGAAGACCAGACAAGACAAGAACAAGACGUUUGACAAUCCAGAGUACUGGCAGCAUAGCCUCCCUCCCAAGGCCACCCUGCACAACCCCGAGUACCUGCAGGACUGCAGCACGCGCUUCUUCUACAGGCAGAACGGACGUAUCCGGCCGGCCGUGGCCGAGAACCAGGAGUACCUGACAGAGUUCGCCCUGAAACCCGGGACCGUGCUACCGCCCCCGCCCUACAGACAGAGGAACACUGUGGUGUAACGUGGAGUAGUGAGGAGGACUGGGUGAGAAGAGGAGGAAGACAAGGGGAGGAGGAGGAGUGAGGGGGAUGGACAGAGGAAGAAGGGCAAGAUCGGGGGAGGAUGGGAGGAGGAGAGAGGACUGAGUGUGAGAGGGAGGAGGAGAGAGAAGUGAAGACAGGAAGGAGGAGGAGUGGGCAGUCCCUCUCACGCAGUAUUUACGUAUCAAUGUAUCAACCUUGGUUCCCUUCACCAGCACUGGACUGACACGUCUAUGUCUGUCUGUCUGAUUACAGUAACAUUACACAGAAAUAUCACAGUAAUAUUAUUGUAAUAUACAAAAUGCUGAGAGCCUCCUACCACCCAUGAACCCAGGACUGAUGAGCACCUCUCUGUCUGUAUCUAUCUCCUUUAUACUGGAUUACAGUAACAUUACAGUAAUAUUACAGUAAUAUACAUACUGCUGAACCCAGGACUAAUGUGCACAUUGCCAGCCUCCCCUUCCACUCAGCCCCUCUUAGCCAACCUUAACUCCUCCUCUACCACACCCACUACUCUCCCUCAGCUCCGCCUCUUCAGUGUUGAUCACACAGGCGCCACCCACUCCUGGGAAACGGUGGACCUCUCUCUCAUGUGACUUUGUCCUCUUCCUGACUCCGACUUUAUACUCCCUUAGACUCCAGCUUCACCAACAACAUCAACAACAACAACAACAACAACAACAACAACAACAACAACAUCAACAGCAGAACGCUAAAGGAACAGCGACAUGUAAUGACUACUGACAGACAAUAACAGCCUCCCCCAGAAAAACCCUCUACAAGACUAUUGUAGCCAAGAACAAGGAACUCGAAGCACUUACAGUAAAUUGUUUGCUCAUUAUCUUACCUACACUAUUUUAUUAGUAAGAACCAUACAGUAAUUCCCAGUUGAUACACAACACUACACUUGGAGCACCACAUUUUCCAACUGGGUUCAUUUGUAGCAAUCCACCAACAACACGUACAGUAAUGUCAUGAGAACUGUUGGUGUGCAGGACAGCAGGUUCAUAUAAGAGGAAAUGUAUACAUCUGUGUAUUCACUGCUGUUCCAUCACUGUCUGCCAAGCCCCAGCCACGCCAUUCAUCUGUCUCAUAAUGUGGAAGGUGAAUUAAUGUUCGCUGACUGGACUGACUGGCUGGCUGGCUGGUUGACAUGGUUUAAACCCCUCUGGAUACGUAAUGCAAUUCAAACAUGGAUUGCACAGCACAGCUCAUAUCCUCUAUAACAUGUUCAUUUGUAUCUCGCAAAGAAGGAAGAUGUGCUCUCAACCUUUACACAUCAAUAACCCUGUACAUGUGUGAUAUAGUCACACACACACACACACACACACACACACACACACACACACACACACACACACACACACACACACACACAGAGAGAGAUAGCGUUAGCGUCGUGUGCAUUCCGUUUUGGACCGGGAGCUCCGUUGACCUUGGGUUCUAAAGCAGUGGAGAUAGCACCUGCCAAGGCAGUGCAGCGGCAUGAGAAGACAAAGUCACAGCAAGUAAAUGGCAGUGUUAUACUGUAUGUAAAGCUGGAAUGGCCUACGUUGAACACACUGAAAUACAUCAGGCUGAAAGUGCCACAGCCCAGGAUUUAAGAGGGAAUAGGCUUAUCAGUAAGGAGGGGAUCUCAACCACCCAGCCAUGCUGUUAUAACUUCUAACCCACAUGACUUCUGAGGCAGACAAAUCCGGAUCUGGAUCGAUGCUGUCAUAGAAUAUAGAUCGGAAACUGCUGUGUGUUGCAAUAUUUUUUAACUGAUAAACCCUGGCAGAGUCUGUCUGUUCGUUCCCCUAUCAGAGCUGGUUACAAAGACCUCAGGAGACAGGACUGAUGAGGUGAUGGGGACUGAAUUCUGAACUGGACUGGAUAGUGAGACAGUUGGAGGAGAAAGAUAAAUAGAUGGCAGGGUCAUGUUCAUUAGGCACCAAAUGGAAGACAAUGCCUGAAACAGCGAGGGACUUCCUGGACAUUGCAAAAUGUUUUGUUACGGUGUGAACGCGACCCACGUGUGUGGAGGACUGGAGAAUUCUGGGGCCUGGAUAGGUGGCGGGCGGCAGACACCAGUCUGUCUGGAAUAAGAGAGGCCUGAAAACGUGGUCUGGUCCUGGGUCUGGUGCUGGGUCUGGUCCUGGGCAUAAAGGAGGAUAACUAAGCCCUGAUGUGGUGGACACAACCAUGGAGGAGAGUCAUUGAGAGUUCUGGUCAAACUGGAGAGGAGAAGCCUGAGAACCUGAUCUGGUCUUGGGUCGGCCGUGGCCAGUGAGGAGUGAACAAAGCAUGGAAAUACACAGGAAAUAAACCUAGUACACGCCAAGCAGACUCAUCAUUGGUGGAUAUGUUCUGUGGAAUAAUAUAUUCAUGUUGGGGGGAAAUUUGGGAUGGAUGGCAUCAGAUUUGAGCAGUUGAAAUACUCUAAUUAUAUUAUAUCAUGCCAUGAAGAAUAGUAUUGCAACUAAAACAACAUCAAACUGGCCCCUAAAACUAAGACUUUUGCUCCACCCCCAAAUGUCUAUCCCCCCUCCUACAUACAGUACAGGAGCAUCCCUCUCCAACAAUUUGCAAUCAAGAUGGAAACUGAAACUGUGCCAAAACAUUUGGAGAGAUUUCCUUCCUCCGCAAUGACAUUUGAAUUAAGAAAAUGCAGGAGCUACAGCAGAUCAAGGACAUUGAACACUUUUCUAUUCAUGUUUGACAAUAAUGACAGUACAGGUAGACAGACAAUAUAUCUAUGGAAGGCCAGGUCCAUAUGUCCCACAGAAUACUGCCAGAUGAUUUUUGUUUUCGCUGCUAGUAGAGGGGGAAUUCUGUCAACACAAAAUAAAUAUUUAGAUUUGGGCCUUUUUGAGUUUUGUUAAUUUGAUAGGACUUAUUAACCAUUUUGGCACAGCCAAACCUCUCUCUUCAUUGUUUCCCCAGCCAGAAGAACAUCCGGUUCUCAAUCCGUUUAUUUGAAAUAUGUUUUAUCUAUUGCAUCGCAGCUAUACAAAAGGCAGGCAGCCUACCCCCAUUUCACUGUUAUUUUUCUCAUUGUGGCUUCAGUUUGUCCGAUCCAGAGAUGCAGCACUUUAAUGAAGACUAGCAGAAGUAAACGAUGGUAGUGGUGGAAGAAGAGAACAAGGCUAGUAGUAAUGGUCUAGAAGCACUGACAGGAGAACUAGAAGACGCUCCACUCCAGUGAAAAUAGAAUGACAUGUCAGGGAGUUUUUGGAGAGGCAUUGUGUUGUUUUUUGUUUAGUUUAGCCAAACACAGAUGUUUCCUGGAUGAUGUGUUUAUCUCCAGUUCUCCUCCUUUAUGAAAAAUAAUGGCUUGCCAAUUAAGAUCCAUCUGAAGAACUUCAGAGCUUAGUGAUAGGCUAGCUAGCAGGCAAAGCUACAAUGGUAGAAUCAUGAAAGUGGUCCUUGUAGACAAAGCUACUUUGGUAGCAUCGCUACUCUGGUAGCAUCGCUAAAGAGUUUAUAGUCCUAGCGGACAAAGCUCCAUUGGAAUAACCACAGGAGGAUAUAAGGUCUGAUUAGAUAGCUGAUCACAACGAACUACAGAGUCUAUUCCCUGUCUAUAAACCUACAGUGGUAGAAUCACUACAGAGACUAGUCCCUGUCUAUAAACCUACAGUGGUAGAAUCACUACAGAGUCUAGUCCCUGUCUAUAAACCUACAGUGGUAGAAUCACUACAGAGACUAGUCCCUGUCUAUAAACCUACAGUGGUAGAAUCACUACAGAGUCUAGUCCCUGUCUAUAAACCUACAGUGGUAGAAUCACUACAGAGUCUAGUCCCUGUCUAUAAACCUACAGUGGUAGAAUCACUACAGAUCUUAUAGUCCUUGUGAACUACGCUACAGUGGAAGAACCAUGUGAGGAUAUUAGGCCUGUUUAGAUGGCUAAGGCUUCUCCUCGGCAACUCUACCUGAGGUUAACACCGUGUGUGUGAUCACUAGUGUCUACUGACUCAACCGGUCCUGUAGACCUAGCUCUCUGUCAGGACAUUAAUGUAUUACAUGGACAUAAACACUGAUGGCUGUGUCAGAUACCAAGGUACUGUUUGUUUGUUUGUUCAUUCUCAUUUUGGAGGUUCAAAUUGAAUUUUUCCUCUGAUUUAAGAUGAUUAGUUUGAGAGCUAAGAUUUACUAUAUCUGUAUAUAUUGUCCUUGUGUAAAAUAAGUGUAUAACAGUAGAGUGGAAUCUCUGCUUUAUCUGGGGAGUUUAUCUGGGCACGUUUUAUCCCAGACGAUGAACAUGGGGAUAUUGGUGUUGGUGCAAUGACAGCCUAUGAGAGUGAUGUUAAGAGGACUCAUGAUGGAUCUUACUGGUCAAUUAAAGCCAGUCUACAGGAGAAUACAACACCGGUGCAUUAAACACCGAAGGUAAUGGAGAAACAAUCCCUUAAGGUAAACCCUUAUUUGAAACCCAUCACAACGGUCUUUUAGCUAGCAGUGUGCUGCUAGCUCUCCUUGUCCUCUAAAGAUGCUCUGUUCUGCUGUUCUGUUCUGUGGGGAAAUCAUAUCACCCAACAUCUCCAACCAACAUGGCGGCUAUAAAUACUGGCGGACAGGGCAAUAGUUUCCCAUCCUAAGCAGGGUAAAAGGCAGAGAUAUUAGCAUUCCACAAAUGUUAGGAGAUCAAUACGUCAGUGUUACAAUAGGUUGUCUGAGAAGCAGCGUUUGGAUGCAGUGCUGGAAGCAGAGGAGGACACUGGAGUUUUACUUUAUCUCAAAAAGAUGACUAAAGAAAUGUAUGUAGCAAACACUGUUGAAGUUGGUGUGGUGUGUAUUUAAAAACAGACCGCCGUAAAGCAGUCAAUGAGGAGCAACUUGAACACGACCAAAAUGAUUUUGAAGAAGCGACCGGCGAGGAGUUUCAGAAGUGAGAGACGUAGAAUCAUAACACUUUAAUGAAUUGUCUUCGAGUUGUUUUAGCAAAAUCCUUUAGGUACAAAAGGAGCACAAAUUUUCCCUCUGUUUCAUCUCAACACUGAUUGUGCACACACAUUUUAAUCAGCAAUGUUGAAACUGUCACAUUUAUUUGAUUCAGCUACUACUGUAUUUACGGUUUUGGGGUAUAGUAAUCAAAACAGAUGUAACCAUGACAUCUUUAAGAGUAUUGUAAAUUGUGUUAAUGGUAAUGUUUCUUAGUGUAUCUCAUUGGGGGGGUUCAUAAUGGCAAUAGAUUGUUGUUUCUUUGACUCUGUUGCUAUGAGAAAGGGCACAGACAUUUCGGUGAAGGCCUCUUUCACACUGUUGUAUCUCAAUGUUACUCCCAACUGGAUCCACUCCUGGAUCCACAACUUGGAGUGAAUACCUAAAGUACAUGAUGGACGGUAUUCCUGUAAUUUCUUAUAGUACGAAAUUAAUUUCUAAAGUACAUUUUUGUAAUUAUUAUGGUAUUAAUAUGUACAGUUUGUUCCAAUAAGCCUUGCCUGUUUCCCCAUGGGCUGAAGUAUUCCUUUGCACAUAGAUAGGAUUUAAAUCCCUACAUGUACAACUAAAUACUGUAUGAGAGGCUGCACUCAGUGCAUCUCAGAACUUCACCUAUUGAUACAUACCAGUUAACUAACACAAUAUUCAUACAAUUGAUCAUAUACUAUAACACACAAAAACACUGUACUUUUGUAACACAGCUCAUUUUACAGUGGUACUAUUGUGUAUUCCUUCCUUUAAAACAACAGGAAAAGACAGCAGUUGUAGAGGAAGCACAGUUUACAAUACAUGUUGAUUUGCUGGUAACAAAUAUAUGGGAGGGAAUUUCUUUUUAUGACACACAGGCAUUAUACUGAAUGGUUGUUCCUGAUCAUUUUAAUACCGCUCUUCAACCGAGAAAAUGUGAAUAGUAUUUUUAUAGAUAGUGGAAGUAUUGGCCAGGUGCAUUUAUAAAUAGAGGGAAACAAUACUUUUUGGGCUGCCAGGAUGUUUUUGGUUUCUCUUUUAAUUCUGUCAUAUUACUGCUUUUUGUUGAAUAUUAUUGUGUGUGUGAUCAGUUUUCUUCUUGGUUUUUAUUUCUGUAUAUAUAUAUAUGUAAUUUAACCAGUGAAUUCUGAUUUUAAAAAGCUUGCAGUUUUUCUAGUCCCCGCUGUUUCCCUCGUAACUGUAUUUAGACUUGGUGGACUUUGUGGUUAAAAACCUCUUACUCACAGGGUAGAGGUGCUUUUUCCUUCUUUUGGGUGUAUAUUUCAGUCGCCUCUCCAUCCUCUCCUGCCCCUAUAGCCAUUUUUUGAUUUUGUACAGAAACCACCCAGCCAUUGGAGAGAUUGAGGCUCUGUUGCAAUACUGAUGAAUACUUCUCUAUCCUGCAUCUCUCUCUCGCUCUCUCUCACACCAUCAUUUCCUAUCAAUUUAACCGGUAUUCAUAAUCAAUAUGUAUUUCAUUCCUAUCCAUGGUCUGAGGAAGCACUAUGGGCCUUGGAUAAUGCAUACAUACACAGACACAAUUUAACUAACACAAAUAGCCUUUGCUCUUCUUGGGCAGCCACAUGAUGCUAGAUUGACUGGUAUCCCUCGUAUCUCCAGUUGACCCCUGACCCCUGCUCUCUGAUGGUGGAAUUGGGUAAACCAAAUAGCUUUUUGCCAGGAUUAUAUUGUAGAUUUAAAUUGACAUAUUAGUCUGUUGGUCUAUGGAUAUUGGUUUGGUUUAUUGAAUUGGUUCUUCAUGAUUUCAUUGAUUGGUUGAUUGGGACUUAUCUGACUGUAGUCUAGAAUGGCUGGUCCUGGUCCUAGACCUGUUCCUGGCCCUAGUCCUGGUCCUGUUCCUGGCCCUAGUCCUGGUCCUAGUCCUAGACCUUGUCCUGGAGCUGGUCCUAGACCUGUUCCUGGCCCUAGUCCUGGUCCUGGUCCUAGUCUUGGGUCAGGCAUCAGACAGAGCUGUAGCAGCAGAGCUACUGAUGUUUGCUUUACAGGAUGUUAUUGUCUGAAUCCACUUCAGCGCUGCUUCCAACUGAACGUUUUACCAUUCCCAAGGCUAUAGCAUUUAAAUACUUUUCCCGCAGUUUUGUUACAUGAAUCUGUCAAAAAUAUAUUUUUAAUUUAAUAUGAAUAAAGAUCAAUACAAUAUUUAAA